GAGACACCAGCCAGACCGGUAGAUAUGGACUUUGCCAGAUUCGUCCUUGCCAUAAACGACGGUUGAACCACCGCAUGUGUCGCUCACAAAACGUCUACUUAAUCGCCAAUUCUUGACUUAAGGGUUCAAUUAUUUGCUAUCCUAGUCAGUCUACAGAGCGCGCAGUGUCCACAUUUCGAAACAUUGGUAGCAGUCGCUAGGACCAGGUUAACUGUUCAGAAUCCCUCGCGAAAAACACCCUAAUCCUCGAAGGCAAGGGACCUCCAGAGUAUCUAGGAUCUCCGUCUCUUUCUCGACCCUGUACACCUCCUGCACAGAUUGGUCUCAACUCAUUCAGCGCCCUUGACGACGGAGAUAAGGCUCGUGCGGCAUCCCUAUCCAAAGUACAGAGUACGCCCAUCGGAGUCGGAACCGCCGCUUGGGUACAAAACCCCCAUACCAGAGCUCAAGUCAAGACACCGCUACGCAAAGAUAUGGACAGUACGAAAUUUCUAGACUUGGGUACUUGGGCAGGAGCUGUCUUUGGCUAUGAUCCUGAGACCAUCCAGGCAUGGACAGCUGUCAUGAUCGAGAAGAAGAUUGUUCUCGACGAUGUCAUUUCGAAUGCCGUCACUAGGUUUAUGAAUGCCGGAGAAUUUGGCAAACACGAGGAUGAGCUCUAUGCGCCAUUCUGCGAGGUGGCUAAUAGGGUUCUGCAAAGGGCUCGCGAAAUCAUACCCGACCUUCCAGCGUAUCCUGUUCCCGACCUCGUCUUGUGCCGGAAUGCUCCUGUAUACAUAGGUGCUUGCAGCCAAGGAGACGCUUCGCGCUCGCCCGACAUCGUUCUCGUUUCGGAGACCACUAUGCGCGACCUCAAGAACAGGAAUAAGUACACGAAGACGAAGGGACAGAAGUAUCCUACGACCGGGAUUGAUUGGUCUGAUUUGUUUAGCAUCUGGGAGAUGAAAUCCUUCAACGCUUGGAAUCUGAAGGAUUACAUGGCACGGCUCCGGCUUGACUGGGAUACGAAGCUCACAAAAAGGAGACCCGAAGUGGAGGCCUCCACGUCAAGCGGCUUGUAUCGAGGUCCCGAUCCGGCUCAGUUGAACCGAGUCGUUGGGCCUCUAUCUGAGCCAGGCCCGGAAGACAACCCUCUGAAACGCUACUAUCCAGACUUCAACAGUGCCGACAAUAGUCGUCCGCCUAAACGAUUGAGGAUGCAGCCUCCCGAAUCUAUACCACUCGCUCUGGAGACGGAAGGAGAGUUUCUUGCAUCGAAGAAACUUCCCGUUCCGGAAGCGUAUGAAGACCAAAUGGCUACCUACGCACUCGAGAUGUUAUCUUGCACUCGCGGCACCCGUCUGUAUUUCUUUCAAUGUCUGGUGAUGGGUGAUAUCGUCGAAUUCUGGUACUCCGAUGCUUCCGGCAUCGUGCGUUCUCACCAGAUAUCCUGGAUUCGAGAGUUUGAGAAGUUCGCUGCAUUCCUCGUUGCGAUGGCUUGUUGCGACCACUCGCGUUUCGGUAUGGUCGUUCCCAACUUGUCCCCUCCCGCCGAAGAUUUCAACCCAUCUCUCCCGCCGGCGUCCCUCAAUGGAUACUCGACCACAAUGAAACAUCCGACAAUAGGCAUUGAUGUCAAGGUAACGCUAGGACGUGAAGUCUUCACGCAAUACAGUCUCAUCGGACGCAAGACCUGUGUAUACGACGUCACGACAGAGCCACCUAUCAGUGACGAGCCUCUGGUGAUGAAGAUGUCCCUCCAAUCUGUCUGUCGGACACCGGAACAAGAUCUGCUAGCUCUGGCCGAGGGCUUUCCAGUAUCAGAGCAUCUUCCGAAGGUUUACAUGUGGACAGCCAGGGCAACGGAAUGGCGAUUGUCGGACGGCGUUCGCGGGAGGUUCUUCAAGAGGAACGAUGAGGACAAGGAAUAUGAGGAACGCUGUCAGCGAUUCAUCCUUUUCAAGAAGUACAAGCAGCUUGAGACGGUGCUUUCUCCGCAGAAUAUGGACCACGUCUUCAACCAGCUGCUCGACUGCCUUCAUGAUCUAUACCACCAGUUGCACAUGCUCCAUCGAGAUGUCAGCCUGAGUAAUCUCAUGUACGAAAUGCGUGAAGGUUUAGUCUGGCUCAUUUUGAAUGACUUUGAUCUUGCCGUCGUGAUCAAGAAGGAUGGACCACCUAGAGGCUCGACUGGGCGUCAUCGGACUGGCACGCUUCCGUUCAUGGCCGUUGACCUGAUAGAAGAUCCCAAUAUGCCCCAUUACUUUCGGCACGAUUUGGAAAGCGUCUUUUUCGUGGCACUGUGGUGUGCCAUAAGAUCCCCCUCUCGUGAUCAGAAGACGGACGCAUUGCGAAGAAAGGCCCUUCUCUCCUGGGAACAAUAUGGAUUGGACACUAUUCGGAAUUCGAAAACACAGAUUUUCGUCAGUCAGAAUAGUUUUGCCAAACUUGUGCCUGGCAAGAUUCCGCUCAGUCCAGAGUUCUCUCGAUACGAAAGAUGGCUCGGCGCUUUUUGGACAGUACUGUUCGAGGGAUACCAGGAUCUGGCCGCUCAUCAGAAGAAAAUCUCUGACAUCCGUCAAAAUGAACGUGAGGGCGACAUUAGUCAGGAAGAGGCAGAGCAAGAAAUCAAGGCAAUCGUGUUCGAUGCAGAAACGUUUGACGGGAAGAUUACUUAUUCCAGGAUCAAGGCUGCUUCGAAAGUUUGCAAGGGACGAUUAGCGAAACACCUUCGAGGCUUCGUUUUUUAGAUCUCAUGUUGCGUGGUUCAUUUGUGUUGUUAUUCGCAAAGCCUUAUGUGUUUCUCGGUAGUUGGCCGCAAUUUUUACGGCGCGGUGGACAUUACUAUACCCUUCAAUAGACCAUCAAUAUCCAUGUCGUUGAGACUACAGCUUCAGGUAUACCUUCACUCCACGGCGACGGAGGUGCUAUAGACGCGCGCUCGGACCGUACGCGUAAACAAGCCACAAUAACGCGUCGUUUGGUUGCAAGUUCCCGUAAGUUUAUUAUAAUACAAUCCAGGAUAUUGA